AUGCGCCUUCUCUGUCUCAUGCUCAUGGCCGGCGCCGCCCUGGCCGCCCCCGCGCUGACGAGACCGAGUAAGCGGGAUGGCGACUGGCGACAAGACUACGAAAUGGUAGAGGAGACAGGCUUCAAGGUAGCCGGGUUCAACUUCGCGCUCGACAACAAAGACUGGGCAAACGAAGAGAAGGCGCACGCGCAGAUCUGGGAUUACCAUGGGGGCGACAACCAGCGCUUUUUUGUUUUCAACAAAUUGGGCGACAGUGGCAAGACAUCGAACGGCGACCAGCUGUUUCGGCUCAUGCGGAAGAACAGCGACUUCUGUCUCAACUUUUAUCACGACAGAAUUCGCGACGACGCCGUACCCCACAAAGACAUAGACCUCCUCAUGGUGCCCUGUCAGGAGGCGACAGAGUUCUUCUGGGCCGGCGACAACCUCUGCGCCUUCGUAGUUAUGGGCAAGCCAUACUACUGUCUCGAGCUCAAAGGCAAGAAAGAGAUGUUCUACAACGGCGUCCCUCUUGUUGUCAACUCACAGGGCUUCAGCCGCAUCCGUUGGGAGAAGGUGGACCCACGAACCAAUGGCUAG